CUCUCCAUCACCGCCUCACAACAUCCCUCGCCCACCGUCGUCCCCGCGUCUUGCACCUAUCAUUUCCCAUCGUCCGCCACGACGACCGACGACGAUGCAGUUCGACCAGGUCUAUCACAAGCGCGAGCCUGACCUCGCGGAUGCGUUGGCCUAUAACACACACCCCGGCGCCGGCCCAUACCUGGCUUCCAAUUCGGCUGCGAAUUCGGCUUCUUUCCACCACCAGCACCACCACCACGACGCCACCAACACCAUCGACCCUUACGCCCACCAACACCACCCACACGCGUCCUCCAACACCCACCACUCCUCCUCUUUGCCGAUCCAGUAUCCCGGCUCGGACUCAUACCCCGACUAUAGCGGCAUCUCCUCCAAGGCAGCACCCCUCGCGGAGUUCGAGUAUGCGCCGUCGUAUUAUCAGCCCGGGUCCUCGAACAGUUCGACGUACGGAGGUGCGGAAGGGUACGAUGGGUAUGGCGGAUCAGGAGCGUACGAGCAUGCGAGCAACGUGCAGGACGUGCAGGACAGCACCACACAGGCGCAGUGGGGCUACCCGAGCCCUGUCUCGACGACUGGGAACGGUAUGAAUGACAGAGACAUGUUUGCUUCCGUCUCAUCCUCCUCCCCGUCCUCCUUCCUUGCCAACGCCAUCUCCUACCCUCCCUCGCACGACAACAACAACACCCAAGCGUCAUACACACACUCCCACCAGCCAUACCCCCGGUCCGACGUCCAACCCAUCCCCGUCACACCGACACCGACCGCCUUCUCCACUUACGAUUCCUAUUCCCAACACUCGCAGUCCCAGUCCCCACCCGACAGCACCGGCAUCCCCAUUCCCAACGCUCAUGCAGCAUGGAACCAGCCCACGCCGCCUCUCACCUCCAGUGGCUCCGACAGUCUCAGCAUCAGUUCCGGCUCGUCGCCUUCUUCGUCGCAUGGCCAUCCCCUCGCACAGGACGACGUCACGAUCCCGCACCAGCACCAGCACAAGUCGUGGACGCCGUCUGUGCCUGGGUACGAUGUUAGCUCGGGGUAUAUGAUGGGUGGGUUGGAUAUGAGAGGUGUGGAAGGGAAUGCGAAUGCGAUUGCGAUGGA